CCCACAAAAUAUCUUCUUCUUCUUCCCACCCAGAUCACUUGGAUCACAUCAUCUUCACAAUCAAGACUGGACAGUGGACACCGUUCAUUCUUGGGGAAUAUAUCAAUUGGGUUUUACCUGAUCUCGACAUUUGAACCGAUUAUCAGAUCCGAUUGUAUAUUUAUUAGCCCAGGGUUUUUGGGUGGGAUUCCAAGGGUUGAGUUUGAAAUACGUAUGAGCUGGUUGGUCAAGCUGGGUUGUAAUUGUUCGAAUUCCAAUCACUUUAUUACUUGCCUUCUUCUGUUCAUCCUCCAUCACUCGCCUCAAUUAUUACCCACUUCCAGAUUUCAAUUUGAUAAACCCUUGGAUCCUACAACACCCAAUUCUGCAUUCUAUUAUAUACUCUUAUUAUUGUUGUUAGUUUUCUGUAACUUGUCUCCUGCCACUUCUACUACUAUUCUUUCGGUCUCAAUCUUGAUCGAUCAUCAUCAUUCAUCGCUACAUGGGUUCGUCAGGAGACAAGAGUAAUCCCCAAUUGAAACAAGCACCCUGCUAUUCAAAUAUCAAAACAAGCCAUUCAGGAUCACCAUCUGUUAUCGUAAUUGGUGGUGGCUUUGCUGGCAUAGCUGCUGCUCGUGCCCUCUAUGAUGCUUCAUUCCGGGUUAUCUUACUUGAGUCUCGUGAAAGAAUUGGUGGUCGAGUUUGUACGGAUUACUCAUUUGGUUUUCCCAUAGACCUGGGCGCAUCAUGGUUGCAUGGGGUUUGCAAAGAGAAUCCCUUGGCGCCUCUCAUCGGAAGACUUGGAUUACCUCUCUACCGUACCAGUGGUGACAACUCAGUGUUGUAUGACCAUGACUUGGAGAGCUAUGCGCUAUUUGACACCGAUGGGAACCAAGUUCCUCAGGAAUUAGUCUCACAGGUUGGGCAAACAUUCGAGAGUAUCUUGGAAGAAACAAAUAAAGUGAGAGAAGAGUUGAGCGAAGACUCGUCUAUACAGCAUGCAAUAUCCAUUGUGUUUGAAAGAAACCCAAAACUAAGGUUGGAGGGACUCCCUCACAAGGUGUUGCAGUGGUACUUGUGUAGAAUGGAAGGUUGGUUUGCUGCUGAUGCUGAUACCAUCUCUCUAAAAUGCUGGGACAAGGAAGAGUUGCUUCCAGGCGGGCAUGGACUUAUGGUUCGGGGGUACCAGCCAGUUAUAAAUACGCUGGCCAAAGGCCUUGACAUCCGCGUGGGUCACAGGGUCACGAAGAUAAACAGACGUAAUAAUGGUGUGAAGGUAACCGUUGAAAAUGGCAAAACAUUCUUUGCAGAUGCGGUUAUAGUUGCCGUCCCGCUUGGUGUUUUGAAGUCGAACACCAUCAAGUUCGAACCAAGACUACCUGAAUGGAAGGAAGAAGCCAUAGCUGACCUUGGAGUUGGAAUUGAGAACAAGAUAGUUUUGCAUUUUGAGCGAGUGUUUUGGCCAAACGUAGAGUUUUUAGGAGUCGUUGCCGAGACUUCAUAUGGAUGCAGCUAUUUUCUUAAUCUUUACAAGGCCACUGGUCAUGCUGUUCUUGUUUACAUGCCUGCGGGAAAACUAGCAAAAGACAUCGAGAAAAUGUCGGACGAGGCUGCAGCUAGUUUUGCUUUUACACAGCUUAAAAAGAUUCUUCCAGAUGCUUCCACCCCGAUACAGUACCUGGUUUCGCAUUGGGGCAGUGACGUUAAUUCACUAGGUUCAUAUAGCUACGAUACAGUAGGAAAACCCCAUGAUCUGUACGACAAGCUAAGGAUCCCGGUGGAUAAUUUAUUCUUUGCAGGGGAAGCAACGAGCUCCGACUACCCCGGCUCGGUUCAUGGUGCUUACUCCACCGGAUUAAUGGCGGCAGAAGACUGCAGAAUGCGCGUUCUUGAACGUUAUGGGGAGUUGGAUCUUUUUCAGCCCGUUAUGGGCGAAGACACCCUUGCAUCUGUGCCGUUGUUGAUCUCGCGUAUUUAAAUUUCAUCUACAAACUAGUUUCGUAGGUAUUUACUCUAAACGAUUAAUGUGCAAUAUCGAACUAGCAGAUUUCCAGAACUUAAGUAGUAAGUGCAACAUGGAGUGUAAUGUACCUUGCAGUAUAUAAACUCAUUGCUAAUAUAUAUAUGCACUUGAAGUUGUGGCA